GUUGUAGUGAAUCUGGCCACAACAGACAUCCUCUUCCUAGUGUGUUGUGUGCCCUUCACAGCCACCCUCUACCCUCUGCCCAGCUGGGUGUUUGGAGACUUCAUGUGUCGACUGGUCAGCUAUCUGCAGCAGGUGACAGCUCAGGCGACCUGCAUCACUCUGUCUGCGAUGAGUGUGGAUCGCUUUUAUGUGACAGUGUACCCCCUGCAGUCCCUCCACCACAGGACACCACAGUUAGCUAUGGCUGUCAGCAUCUCUAUUUGGAUAGGUUCCCUGCUGCUGUCUGUGCCGGUGGCGGUGUACCAGCGGCUGGAGCCGGGCUACUGGUUCGGCCCGCAGACGUACUGCACCGAAGCCUUCCCAUCGCCAGGCCUCCACAGGGCCUUCAUCCUCUACGCCUUCCUGGCCGUCUACAUGCUGCCGCUGCUAACCAUCUGUUUGUGCUACGCCUGCAUGCUGAAACGCAUGGGCCGCCCCAGCGUGGAGCCUACUGACCACAACUACCAGGUUCAUGUGCAGUACGAGCACUCCGAGGCGGUGCGUUCGCGGGUCUCCCGUAUGGUGGUGGUGAUGGUGCUGCUCUUCACCAUGUGCUGGGGGCCCAUCCAAGCUGUGCUCCUGCAGUCUCUACACCCGGCUGCCCCCCUACGCAGCUACACCCUCUACAAGCUCAAGAUCUGGGCCCACUGCAUGUCUUACGCCAGCUCUGCCCUCAACCCGCUCCUCUACGCCUUCAUGGGGGCCAACUUCAGACGGGCUUUCAGAGACGCCUUCCCUGCUGCGUUCAAACGAGCACGCCGGCAGACACAGCCACUCACCGACCCCACACACACUGAGCUGAACUUUCUUUCAUCUGGACCCUGAGACUGUCUCUCACACUGUCCCUCUCCGCUGCAGACCAGUGGCUUCAUCUAUAUGUCUGCUCCCCUAGAUCAAAGGCGCGAUUUUGUGAAAUGUGGGACAUGUUGAGAUGUUAAAUGCACACUGAACACACACUUUCUGAGACGUACUCACGGACUAAGCGUGCGAAAGACUACAGAGCCCUUCGGCAGAGUCUCUAAUCAGAGGCUCACUUUUGCCGUGUGACCUUUUCUCUUUCUGUGGUGCACGUGUCUUUGUUGGCUCCCGACUGUUUCACAGAGUGCGUUUAUUGGUCAUGUGCUACCUCAUGUAGACCAUCCACUCUGUACUUAAAUCACAUGAACCACAUCAUGGUUUCUGGCGAAAGAGAGAGCUGGAUUCAAACAAGCUGAAAUGUCAUCAUCCUGUAUUUCUGGCCUAUCCCUGUAUUUUUAAAUGUUCAAAUUCAAAAGAAGAUUUAUUUCCAUUACCAUAACGUUCUGCAUCUAUCUGGCUUAUUGACAUGAUAUUGUGGAGAUGGAUUGCCAGGACACAUUAAGACUUGCAGUGUUGUGUAGGUGGCUUUCAAAUAACAAUUAAUGGUUAAAAUAUAUCAAUGAAUUGUUACAAUGAAAUGUUAUGUAUCCAAAGAUGUCGUUUAAUCUGAUUAUUUUUACUUACCAAUGGAUUGCUAAUUCAAUGAUAAGACCUGUGAUUUUAACUAAAGAAAAUGUUUAUAUAGUUAGGACAGCUUACUAAAUAACAGAAUAAUGUUGCUGCUCACAAAAGUGACUGUGGACUUGCUGCAUACAAAAGAGGAUAUUGACUUGUUUUAAUAUUGACAUGUGAUAACAGUCAUAUAGCCCUUUAGGAUAUUUCAGUUCAGGUCCGGUGCAAUACAAUGUAUUUGUGGGAUGGUAGUGAAAAUGUGUGCGCGCUGUGAGCGUAUCCAUGCGAAGAAUAGGCUAGUAUCCUAGUAACCACUGGUUGCUUCGAGUUUCUCCAAAUGUGUUUUAUCUUCAUAUCUCAACAUCAUGUAAACGUAGUCUAUCCUAUGAUCUCAUUAACAAUUAUUUGUUUCAUGUAGCCUAACUUUUCCACACACUAAUACUAGAGAAUUUCUAAUAUGCGUAGACGGGCUCUGCUAAUACUCUGAAUGAUCACGUUCUAGUGGCGUGAAGGCUGAAGCCAAUCAUAUGCUGU